AUGCCGAAUAACGCAAAUCCAUUCCUCGAUGGCACACAUCUUCAUAAUGAGAUUCUUAUUUAUAUGCCUCAACUUCGUACAUUCACCUUUUAUAUAAGCACAGAAAAUAAUAUUUAUCAUUUACCUCAUCCUAUAUCAACUGAUAAUAUUCAACAAACAUUUGCAAACUUUAAAUAUGGACAAAAGGCUUGUGCCAUAGACUACUUUCACACGUUUAGAACUAUAUGUCAUGUUUAUUCACUUCCAUUCACAUUUACUCGUCUAGAACGGAUAUCAAGCAAAUUUCCAAAUAUUGUAUUUAUCACUGUAACUCACUUGCAUGUCAACGACUUUAUUUCAUUGGAACAUGAAUUUUUCAUGCAAAUUAGUCUAGCUUUUCCAAUCCUCAAGCGUUUCUGUCUGAAGAAUGAAACUGAACAGUUAUGGAACGAUCAUAUAACGGAACCUGAUGAGAAUUUAUCUGAUUCAAUUAUUGAAUAUUCUCAUUUUACAUCGUUUGGCCUUAUGUGUGCAUAUGGCCAUUAUAUUUCACAAUUUCUACUCGAAACAAAGGCACGCCUACCUUGCCUAACUGAGUUAAAACUCAAAUAUGGCCCAUUGAUAGCUGCAACACGAUACUUUACAAUCGAUGCGCUGCGACGUAAUUGUUCUAAAGUGAAUCGAUUAAUUGUCGAAAACUGCACACGUGUUCCCGAAGAUGUUUAUCAAUAUUUUCCUUCAUUGUAA